AUGCCAGAAGCUGCACACCCGGCUGUUCAACUGCAACGAAUUCAAUUUACUGGCGGUUUGCUGUACGAUGAGAAUGGCACGCUAUACAGAAAUGUGAAUGCAGAAGCACCAACCUAUGUCGGAACUCCAAGCCAAGACAUAGAUGCGGAAUGGGAAGCAUUAAUACAUGAUCGGUACACUCCAUUGACCUCGUCUGAAGCAUUCAGCAUCGGCCUUGAAAGUUUUUCGCUUCCCAGCAAGCAGUCAUAUUGGGCGGGUGUUGACGUGUUCCAUUCAUUACAUUGCAUCAACUAUGUUCGUAUGGUACUAGACCUUGAUUAUUAUGGGGACAGACUCGACCCGCUUCCUAUCCGUCGGCUACAUGUUGGCCAGAUCACUGCCUAG